AUGGGUAUUUUUGCAUCAAAGUUGUUUAGUAACCUCUUUGGUAACAAAGAGAUGCGUAUAUUGAUGGUGGGUCUUGAUGGUGCUGGUAAGACUACUGUUCUUUAUAAGUUGAAGUUGGGUGAAGUUAUCACAACAAUCCCAACCAUUGGUUUCAACGUCGAAACCGUUCAAUACAAGAACAUUUCCUUUACCGUCUGGGAUGUGGGUGGACAAGACAGAAUUAGAUCAUUGUGGAGACACUACUACAGAAACACAGAAGGUGUUAUCUUCGUUGUCGAUUCCAACGAUAGAUCUCGUAUCACUGAAGCAAGAGAAGUUAUGCAAAGAAUGUUGAAUGAAGAUGAAUUGAGAAAUGCCGUCUGGUUGGUCUUUGCAAACAAACAAGAUUUGCCAGAAGCUAUGUCUGCAGCAGAAAUUACCGAAAAAUUAGGUCUACAUUCUAUCAGAAACAGACCUUGGUUCAUCCAAGCUACCUGUGCCACUUCUGGUGAAGGUCUUUACGAAGGUUUGGAAUGGCUAAGUAACAAUUUGAAGAACCAAUCUUAA